AUGCAUGUGUCUCCUAAUGCGAUCCACCAUUAUUUGAAUAUCAAAAAUUAAUGUUUAGAAAACUGUCCCACAAAUCCAGUAUUUUAUUAUCAUUCAAAUAUCUGUAUGGAUACAUGUCCAAAUAAUACAUUCUAGAAUAAUUAAGAAUGUCUUGAUUGUGACGUAUCAUGCUCAUCAUGUAUUGGUCCAUCAAAUAAUGAUUGCCUAGUUUGCGAAGAAACCUAUUAUUUACAUGACUAACAAUGUACUCUUACUUGUCCUUAUUUAUAUAAUGAUGUAGAUAGAUCUUGUGUUAUAUCUUGUCCCCGAAAUCUUCUUUUGGAUGGAAAUAAGUGUGUUUUGAUUUGUAGUUUAUACAUGUACUCUAACACCUGUUUAUCAAACUGUCCAUUGGGAACAUACGAUUCAAAUUUCAUUUGCUACGAUUGCUCUUAGAAUUGUCUUGAAUGCGAUUCCUUUGGUUGUAAUAAAUGUGCAAAUGGAUCGUUUUUAAAUGAUGGAAGUUGUAGUAAUUAUUGCCCAUACUAUUACAAUGUUGUUUUAAAUAAAUGUGAAUAAUUGUGUCCAGAAGGAACAUUUCUUCAUAUUGAUCAAUGCUCUGCAUCUUGUCCAGCAAAUACAUAUAUAUAUCUUUAAACAUGCAUUGCAGACUGCCCUUUUAAAACUAUUUUAAUAGAUUCUAUUUGCUACUAAUGCCCAGAGAGAUGUUUAGUUUGUAAGAAUUAAUAUGAAUGUCUAAAUUGUGAAGAGCCUUAUUAUUAAUAUAAAGGAGAAUGUGUAGUGGCAUGCCCAACAGCACUUCCCUAUUAAAAUAAAAUUUAUUAUGCAUGUUAAUCAGAAUGCUCUCCAAAUACAUACGAAAGAGGGUAUGACUGUGUUAAAGAAUGUGAUUUAAUCAUCUAUUAGAAUAAAUGUUUGAAACAAUGUCCCUAUGGAUAUUAUGGGAGUAUUAUAUGUAAGCCGUGUAAAUUGGAGUGCAAAGCUUGCAAUGACUUUAAUAUCUGCACAGAAUGUUCAGAAAAUUUUUACCUUGAACGUAAUUAAUGCGAUACUUAAUGUACAAGAAUCAAAGAUUUGAAAUAAAAGAAAUGCGUUGAUUCAUGCUCUUCACUUUUAUAUCAAAAUGUGUGCUAUGAAACUUGUCCAAUAAACACAUAUCAAUAUGCAAAUACUUGUCUUCAAAAGUGCUUAGAUGGAUAUUUUGGUUCAACAGAAUUCAAAUGUGAAAAAUGUAGUUCUUAAUGUAUCACAUGCACAUCUUUUAAUUAAUGUAAUAGUUGUAAAAUUGGAUAUUACUUAUAUCAGUAAUAAUGUUUAGAUUAAUGUCCUGGCAAAUUAUUUUCAAAUCCAUCAACCAGUUAAUGCUCAUAAUCAUGUCCAGAUAAAUUAUAUAUCUUUAAUAAUUAAUGCUUGUAUUAAUGUCCAAGUGAUUAUGUUAAUGACACUGAAAAUUAUAAAUGCGUUUCAUCUUGUGGCAAAUAGCAAUAUCUUACAAAAAACAGUUGUUAUCCCUGUUCAUUUGAAUGCGAUUAAUGCACAGCUUAUGGAAAUAAAAAUUGUAUAGCAUGUGCAAAUAAUUAUGUUUUGACUGAAGAUGGCCAUUGUUUUGGAAAAUGCAAAGCUGGUUAUUAUUAAACAUCUAAUUCUUGCGAGCAAUGCUUACAUAAAUGUCUCACUUGUUAGAAUGGCACAGAAUGUAUAUAAUGCAGAGGAAAUAAUAGAGAUUAAAUUGAUUGCUCAUGCCCAAAAGGAUUCUAUGAUGAUUCAUUCUAUGAUAAUUGUUAAAAAUGCCCAUGUGAGGAAUGUACUUCUUAAUCUGAAUGUCUAGUAUGCAAAAAUAAUCUCUAAGUUCCCAACUGUUCAUGUAAUAGAAGACUUAAUCAGGAUUGGUGUAUUACUUGUUAAGUAGCAUCUGUAAAGAUAAAUUAUUCAGAUGAUCUAAAUUCGAUCAUAGUUUAUUUUGGAUAUAUGAUAUCUGUUAAUUUAAUUAACCCUUUCUAACCCUCAAGUUGUUCUUUUUGGUUUACAAAUGCUGAAAUAUUUGGAUAAGAUGCUUAAUGCUAUUUGUCUUGGGACAGAUAUGCGGUUCACAUCUUAUUAGAACCAUACGCUUCUGUUAAUGUUGGAGAUAAAUUGAGUUUCUAAUAAUCUUUUUAUCGAGAUGUAAAUCAAGGUCUUUGUGAUGGAUAAUAUAUUGAGAUAUUUAUUGAUAGUGCUGUGAAGGAACCAUAAGUCUAAACUAAACCUUAUAUACUUUUUGAUGUACCGUCUGUUGUAAGUACUUGUAAGACUAUUGAGAUUAAACAAAUAUUGCUUGAAGGAACUGCAAAGAAGAUCCAAGAGGUUCUAUUUUGGUCUCUUCAUGAAAUGGAUAAUGAUGAUUAUUAUUUGUAAAUGGAUGCGUUCUUAGCAGAUUAAAAAAGCGAAUUCAUCAUUCCAGUAGGUACCCUAGCAUCUAAUGUUACAUAUACAAUAACAGCAAAAUAUAUGAAUUUCUUAAAAAGGGUGAAUUUCACAACUUUCACAUUUACUACACUGCCAGACUUAGUACCUUAUGUCUUUCUAUAAUAUAAUCCUUUGAUAGCUAGGGUAUAUGUUUUGAUUGUAAAGUCUCCUAUUCUGAUUUGAAAAAUGAAUUUAAUUUGGCCAUUCAAAUUUCUGAUUCCAAUAAUAAAACUUACCUUUCCAUACAGCAAUCAAUUAACCCAAUUUAUGAAGUCCCAUUAAAUGAAAGUCUCUUUUA